UUUUUUUCAUGUGUUGUAUUUAUGGAAUGACGUCAAUGGUGGCUUGGAAUUGGUAUUAAUAUUUAAUUGCCAGAGAACAUGUCCUGGAAUUAUGAAACUAGCAGUUUUUUUCUGAUAUAUGAAGCUUAGAGAUAAAAAAGUUGGAGCAAGAAAGAGUUUGAUGCCAGGGGAAAUCAGCAAGGGAAUUCCAUCAAAGAAGUGGAGGAAAAAGAAACAGGCCUUUCAUGGUAUUUUAAUGGGCGUCCAUUCUUCAGAAUAUCUCCACUCUGACCUUGUAGUCCAAGUCUCCAACCUAUAUCAUGAUUUUCAAGGCAAUUUAAUGACAAGAAGUCAUUUAGAGUGUUGCUGCAAAAACUUAGUGAAAAAGAUUUAUAUUAAGGGUAGCCCAAUUUCAAAAUCAACUCGUGUUCAGAAGGUUCUGACGAGAGUGAUGAAGCUUCGUGCAGCCAUGGCAGCAGUUGUGGAAACAAACCUGGAAAACUCUCCAAGGGAAAAAUUGAGGAAAGAGCUUUCGCUGGCUAGAUGUGCUGCUGGUAAUUUACCAGAAAUGAUCAUUGUUCAACCUAUUCGUGAUGAGAAGAUCGUCUUCAAAAGAAGUUUGCUUCGCCAGAUAGGAGGCUUCAAGUUGAAUUCAGGGUCUAAUUAUGUUCUUGAUGAAAACCACACUAGUUCAAGAGAAGCCGAGGAUGUUGUCUCCAGAGAAAACAAAUCCUUUGCAAUCCAAAGCUCUGAAGAAUUUUCAAGAAAUGAUAAUGCUAGCUUCAACUAUGGAAAUGGAUGCAAGGAGAAAGUUUCUCUGAAAUCAAUUUCUGUAAUCAGAAGAGAGCUGCCAGAAUCAACUCUUGGUUGGCCUCUUCUUCCAAGAUCCACUCCUCUGACUACGGCAGAUUUGAGAAAAAGAAGAGCAAGAAGUAUGUCCCUGAUAGAAUGGGUCAUGAAUCUACCUACUCGAUCCUCUGAAAUGAUAAUGGAAAACCAAAGUGAUUCAGAUUCAGUUGCAGCCAACAUAUCCUUGGAUGGCAAAACUGAAGAUUCUAUUGUAGAUAACGAGGGAACUAGAGUUCAAGUGGUUCGUUCCUCUGAAAAUAAAUCAAUUGAUGGAUGCAGCAAUAGAGAAGAUGAGGAGUCGAGUCUUAUGCAGGAAAUCUCUUCUAGUUCAUUUUCUGUAUUUACGAAAGAUUCAACACAGUUUACACUUGGUUGGCCUCUCCUCCGCUUAAAGACAUCUACAACUUUAGAUUCUUUGGGAGAAUCUAAGAUGAGCCUAACCAAUCAGUCAACACAAGCUACUCCAAAAUCCCAGAUUAAUUUGCCGUUCAAAGAAGUAGAAGGUUUAGCAGGACAAAGAGAGUUGCCAAUGAAGCUGGAUCUUGUCCUCAAAUUGAAGUCAUCCGGCUGCAAGCAGUUCAGCUAUGAGGAGCUUGAGACAGCAACUCAUAAAUUCUCCUCAGAGAACUUGAUUGGAGAGGGAGGAUGCAGCAAUGUGUAUAAAGGAUCUCUUCGUAGAGGCAAGCUAGUGGCGGUAAAGGUUCUAAAAAAGUAUAAGGAAGCUUGGAAUGACUUUUCCUUAGAGAUAGACAUUAUUUCUUCAUUAAAGCACAAGCACAUUGCUCAUCUGAUUGGUGUAUGCACUGAAGAUAAUCACCUAAUUUUGGUUUAUGAUUUCUUGUCCAAAGGGAGCUUAGAGGAAAGAUUAAAAGGUCAUAAUGAGUCUAUAUUGCCAUGGAAAGUGAGAUUCAAAGUGGCCAUUGCAGUUGCUGAGGCUCUGAAUUACCUGCACAAUGGAUGUUCUCACUCAGUUAUUCACAGAGACGUGAAGUCCUCUAACAUUCUCUUCUCUGAUGAAUUUCAGCCACAGUUAUCCGAUUUCGGGCUUGGGACAUGGGGACCUGAAGAUGCAGCCUACAUGAUAAGCAGUGACAUUGUUGGAACUUUUGGGUAUAUAGCUCCAGAAUAUUUUAUGCAUGGAAUGAUUAGUGACAAAAUUGAUAUGUACUCUUUUGGAAUAGUUCUCCUGGAAUUGUUAACAGGGAAGAAGCCAAUUAGUACAAAAGGUAUAAAAGGGCAGGAAAGCUUGGUCAUGUGGGCAAUGCCUUUACUAAAGAAUGGGAAUCUUGAAGGAUUAGUGGAUCCGAUGUUGGAUGGGGAGUUUGACAUUGUUCAAAUGCAGAGAAUGGUUCUUGCAGCAACCCUCUGCAUCAAACAAUCACCCAGAUUACGUCCAAAAGCAGGCCAGAUAUUAAACCUGUUAAGGGUGGAGAAAGACGGAAGAGAGUGGAUGAAUUGCUAUGUUAAAGAUCUACAAGAGUCAAGUUAUGAGGAAAUGGAUAACCUUCUCCCUGAGCUUAAUCAUAAGCCAUGGUUGGAUUCAUCCUUUCUGGUUUUGGAUGAUGAUGCCUCAUCAAAGGCAGAACAAAGGCACCAUUGUAGGUUGAAGGACCACUUGAAAAAACUGCAGGAUUAAUCACCAUUAUGCUUUUCGUUUAAAUAUUGCUGCACUUCUUUCCUGCUCACCUUUGCCUUGGCAUUUAGGUAGAAAGAGGGAAGCCGGUUUAAUAGGCUUGAAACCAACAAUUGAACAAGAAGAAUUUUGGUUGUACAUAACAAUCUUUGGUUAAGAAAUGUGUUAAGCUGGAAUCUGCUGCGGUUGUGUUCAUUGUUUGAGCCUCUGCUUCAACAACUGUAAGGAUGUUAACUGAUACCAUCGUUUUUCUUUGACUUAAUAGACAUUCUCACCAUAAUUUAUUUAUAGCUUUCCUCGAUAAUUUCGAGUUUACAAAUUUCUUUGUAUUGAGCUGCAUCAACCCUCUUUUUAUUCAACCAAGGAUCAUUUCCCUA